UUUCGAUGUAAUCGCGCAAGUGGACCGCGAGGAUAGAAUUUACUUGAAGAUGAUCACGGAUUGUGUUGUGUCAAAUGCGAUUAACGAGCCAGACAACUGCGCCUUAUACGCGACACUGUGUUGUCACGUGAUCGAAAAUACAUGUGUGAACUCGAGGAGAAUCAUACCUCAAGGGUUGUUGAGCGCGUUCAAAACCGAGCUGAUAAAAUCUUGCAGAGUCGUGUUGACCGAAGCCGGCGUAUUGCUCCGGAUGAGAACGGCUCGACAGCUUCAAGACCCAAGGCGAUCGGAACAGAGGUUCGACGUAAAAGCUCGUGACCGUACGCAUGGAACGUGCAGGUUUAUGGGUGAACUGUUCAUGCGGGAUCAAAUAUUCAAAACCGUAAUGAGUACCAUCGACACGUUCAUGCAGAUACACGACGCGCAUUCGUUGGAAUGUCUUUGUGUUUUAUUGACGAUAAUCGCACCAAAGCUUGAAAAAGUAAAACGUUUUUCAACAACAACUUUUAUAUUGCAUACCUUACACAACGACACUAAUCCAUCGGUAGAAAAAAUCUACAAUCUAUAAUUUUAAAUUAAAAAACACCAAAAAUGACUU